AUGUGUAAGGCUGCAGGGCGUUCUCUUUUCUUGCCUUGGCUUGGUGCAAAAGAUUGUUGUGUGCGUCCACAGUCUUUGAGGUGGACACGGCAUGUCUAUAAUUUGGGUAAAGGCUGGGUACCCCUUGUGAGCCAGUACCGUCAGCUGGUUGGGGAUGUCCUCUUAUUAGAGGUCUCGCGUGCAACUUGUCUACCUUCCGAUUGUGUUCGUCGUGUUGAGUUCGCUCCUGGGGGUUUGGUGGCUGAGUUCGAGGUUUUGAAAACGAAAGAAUUUAUUGACGUUGAUGGAUGCCUGCGGCGUCACUCGUUUGGCACGAUGUCCGCUUUGAUGGAACUGAGUAGGUCUGGAGUUAGGCAGAUGUCUUUUGCGUCUGUGAGUGAAGUUGAUGGCGUAAGUGAAGUACCGACGCAUGUCUACGUGGGGGCGCAGUUACUUUCACCAAAGGCACCGAUGUGGCCGGAAAGCUCCAAGGCAGGCGUCACGAUGAGAGAGCUGGAACUGUUUCGCUGUCGCCGUGCCCUCGCCAGUCGAAUGCGUCGGAUGGAGGAGACGCUUCAGCCUUCGUCUGGUUUUUCAAGCGGCCUUGAUGCAGCUGCCCCAGUAGAUCCGUAUGAGCUCCAACGCGAGCCUGUUUAUUGUGUAACUCUUGAGGAGUACCGGGCCGUCCUGCAGCGGUGUGUGGAUGCCCGCGACCAGGGCACUGACGAUGAGGAUGGCGAUGACAGCACACGACUGUGGAAUGAGCACGUGGUCGCAAGGGCUGAGGAGGAGCGGCGGUUCACUCAGCAGCUGGGUCUGUCGGGGCCCUGCUACGCGCAACUUGGUAGAGGCAGCAGUAACACCCCUCACAGGCGGGGUAAUGGAACGUAA